AUGACGGACUCGCUGCACAACGCGCCCAUCGUCCUUGACAAUGGCUCAGGCACGAUCCGAGCUGGUUUCGCAGGCGACGAUCUGCCGAAGUGCUAUUUCCCCUCAUUCGUCGGUCGUCCCAAGCACCUGAGGGUUCUUGCCGGCGCACUCGAGGGCGAGGUAUUCAUCGGACAGAAGGCGGCGACGGAGCUUCGAGGUCUCCUAAAGAUCAGAUACCCGCUGGAGCACGGUAUCGUUACGGACUGGGACGACAUGGAGAAGAUCUGGGAGUACGUGUAUGGAGAGGGGCUCAAAACUCUUAGUGAAGAGCACCCUGUUCUUCUGACCGAACCCCCUCUCAACCCUCGCAGCAACCGCGACACCGCCGCCCAGAUCCUCUUCGAGACUUUCAACGUUCCUGCUCUGUAUACAUCUAUUCAAGCGGUGCUGUCACUAUAUGCCAGCGGUCGGACAACAGGUAUCGUUCUGGACUCGGGCGACGGUGUAUCGCACGCCGUGCCAGUAUACGAGGGUUUUGCUAUGCCUAGCAGCAUUCGACGAAUAGACGUAGCGGGCCGUGAUGUGACAGAGUACAUGCAGACCUUGCUGCGCAAGAGCGGAUAUGUCUUCCACACGAGUGCUGAAAAGGAGGUUGUGAGGCUUAUCAAGGAGUCGGUAACUUAUGUCGCCCAUGACCCGAGGAAAGAAGAGAAGGAGUGGGCCAACAGGACGGAUUCAGCCAAGAGCAUGGAAUACGUACUUCCUGAUGGGCACAAGCUAAAGAUCGGCGCGGAACGCUUUAGGGCGCCUGAAAUUCUUUUCGACCCCGAAAUCAUAGGCCUUGAAUACCCCGGUGUGCACCAGAUCGUCGUCGACGCCAUCAACCGGACAGAUCUCGACCUGCGCAAGUCGUUGUACAGCAACAUUGUCCUCUCCGGAGGCAGCACGCUCACCAAGGGCUUCGGUGACCGGCUGUUGACAGAGCUGCAGCGGCUGGCCGUCAAGGACAUGAGAAUAAAGAUCUUUGCGCCGCCGGAGCGCAAGUACUCGACUUGGAUCGGAGGAAGUAUUUUGGCUGGUCUCAGCACUUUCAGAAAGAUGUGGGUGAGCAUUGACGACUGGCACGAGAACCCUGACAUUAUCCACACGAAAUUUACGUGA